AUGGAGCAAGAAAUUACUGGAAGAGAAAUUCUGCGAUGUACUUGGAAGAUGCUAGAAGGCAAGGCAAAUAAUCUUGUGAACGGCAUUCAAAGCCGCUCAGAUAAACUGGACAAAUCAACAUCAUGCCCUCUGUCGGAGCAAACUAACUUUGACAGCUCCAUCGAGAACAAGGUAGCUGACUUCAAAAGGCUUGUAGACAUAUUCCUCUUUGGAGGGGAAGUAUACCUCCGCUCACGCUCCACCAAAUGCACCACAAAAGGCCUUUUGGAAUGGAAAGAUAAGGCCAGCAAGAUGCGAGAUGUAUCUCUUCACGAGGAACUGGUUGGCUACUUCAAUGAUGCCACCGCAUUUAAAACAUUUCUGGCCUACGAAUUGCCAGAAAUUACGGAAGCUGUGAGAAUGAAGGCGACCAUAAAAAGAGAAUACAAUUUGGACUUGCAGGCCAAAGGAGUCGCUGGCGCAAGAACGAGGGCAAAUGCGAAAAGGAAACGUGACGAAAGAAUGUUGGCGAUGGGCGAAGGGAAAACCGCAUUUGUUCCUCUGGUAAAGACAUUUCUUCGCGUACGAGGAGAAAUCGAUAAGGUAAAAAUUGUUAAUUUAGCUUUUAUUAAACUCGAUGACCCAAUAGGUUAAUUAUCGAAUCCACCGAAAAAUUCGAUUUUUUUUCUAGCGCGAAUUUACCCAACAGCUAAAAAUAGCUUAGUAACCGCACAUAUUUCUUCACCAUGUGCUUUUAUUUAGCCUGGUUACUGAGGUCAACAAAGAUGGCGGUUUGGUUUAUACUGACUCUUUCGUUCAGUUUCUUCAGCUGUUUCGUUUGCUUUGGGCAUUUGUUAUAUUCGUACGGUUUUAAAGGGAACAGAAUUUUUUGGGACCAUGUUCCAACCAUUUUGCUACUGGUUUUAAGACGCAUCCCAAGUUUAAUAGAUCGGAAAGUUUAAUUCAAGUUUAAUUACAUGUAUUAUGCCAGAUUAUGCACAUGGAUAUAUUGUCAUUUGAUUAUCACUCAUGUGUGCGCCUUUCUGUUUAAGAAACAAAAUCACAGUAUUGAUGGAAAAUCCGAAGGUGAAGGUGAGGGUGAAGGUGAUGAUUAUGGUAUAAAGGAAGAUACAUGUAAUGAAGUUGGCAAGGAAAUCAUUAGCGAUGAUGACAUGCUGGUAAGUGAAAUGGCUAAUGCUUGUUUGUGAACUUACACUGUACAUCUAUUAUUAUUUUGAUACAAUAAACUAGUUAGUGUUACUCGAAACUAACGCCAGUAAGCUGUUUAUUUUUGUCUGCCAGUGGAUUUUUGUAAGUCAGAAAAAUUCAAUCCAAGAUAGAUAGUUUUGCAUUUAUGUUAUAGUAGGAUAUAUAAUUGCUACAUAUAUUUUUUUAUAUAGUAACAUAUCAUUUGCUUCAAGGAAUUAUUAUGCAGUGUAUAAAAAUGUAGAGUUAUUUUCAUUCCUAAGUUCAAGAAAAUUUCUGUCCAAAUUGUUAGGUUGCUACCUAGCAAAAACAAAAAACCGCACCACAGUAAUAUAGAAGAACUGCUCAGAGCCAUUCAUAACAUUGGUUGAUUAGCUGUUGCAGUUUGCAGUUCUUAUUCAAUCUGCAUGUAUGUCAUACUGGUGUAGUCCAUGGCCUACCACUGGUUAAUUUUCUACAGUAAAAAGAAAUCAAAAAAUCCUAUAUUUGUGAAAAGUUUAUUAUGCACAUGGCUAUACAGGGUACUUCCAUUAAUUUUGAUUUUCUCUCACGAGUGUGACUUUUUGUUUAAGGAAAAGAGUCAUGAACAAGACGAAGAAGAAGAAAAAGUAGAAGAAAAAUAUGAACAAGACGAAGAAGAAGAAAAAGUAGAAGAAGAAGAAUAUGAACAAGACGAAGAAGAAGAAAAAGUAGAAGAAGAAGAUGAACAAAAAGAAGAAGAAGAAAAAGUA